GGAUUCAGCAAUUUUCAAGGCAUUUUUAACUGGUCUGUAGUUCUACUGCCUCCAUUUUGUUUGUGCUUCCUGCAGUUUUUAUUGAAAGGUAUUUAAAAAAGUUGGAGGGCUGCUGACUCUGUUUGUGUAUAUCACCAUUGCUCUGAAACUGGUCUCCUAUUAUCAGGUGAAUCACUGGUAUAGGGAAGGAAACUCCCGACCCACCAAAGGCACUGCCAGAAUUCAAGGUAUUUCUCUUCCAUCUCAUGCUGGGGCUAAUCCAGCAGGAAAUAGAGUCCACCUUGCUCACAGAAUACAUUGUAAAACUAGUGUUGGACACUUUAAAUCAAGCAGUGGGAGAGGUCUUUAUGAGAGCAGUCACUUGGAUAAGGGUGCCAAAUCAUUUCAUCUGGCUGAUCUUUUUUUAUUGGUAUUUUCACUCCUGCCUCAAUUGCCUUGCAGAACUGCUACGAUUUGGAGACUGGCAAUUUUACUUAGAUUGGUGGAAUGUGGAUUCACUCUUACAGUUCUGGUCCAGAUGGAAUAUCCCAGCCCACAAAUGGCUAGACAGACACAUCUACAGGCCUUUGCUGCAACAUGGCUAUGACAAGUGGCAAGCCCGAAUGACUGUGUUCCUACUCUCUGCAUGUUUCUAUGAGAAAUACCAAUAUUUGGCUCAUGGUAUAAUCACAGAUUGAAGCCACCCUCAUCUUCAAUAUGGAAGGAAUGACUUCAGCUUGCUAAACUCCAGCUGGCCACUAGGCUGAAGCUAGAGCCUUGUGUGAAAGUUCCCCUCCACAU